UCGAGGCAGACGGGAGGUUCCCCCAGCGGCAGCCACCAGCACCAGCCUGAGGCCAGGGCCGGCCCGGCCUCUCCACCACCAUGGCAGCCCGGCGACGGCUGGUACCGAGAGGGUAACACCCCUCCGAUGGUCGGGGUCGGAGCGACGCGGGUGGCCGGGGUGACCAAGGACGGGCCGCUCAUCUCCAAGGCGCAGAUGAAAGAGUUCCGCGAGGCGUUCAGUCUCUUCGACAAGGACGGCGACGGCAGCAUCACGCAGGAGGAGCUGGGCCGCGUCAUGCGCUCGCUGGGCCAGUUCGCGCGCGAGGAGGAGCUCCAGGACAUGCUCCGCGAGGUGGACAUUGACGGUGACGGGUCCUUCAGCUUCGAGGAGUUUGUGGAGAUCGUGUCCAACAUGGGGGCCAACAGCAGCGACAGCGCGCCCACGGCGGACCAGGAGGAGAAGGAGCUCCGCGACGCGUUCCGGGUGUUCGACAAGCACAAUCGCGGCUACAUCGUGGCCUCGGACCUUCGCGCCGUGCUGCAGUGCCUCGGGGAGGACCUGUCGGAGGAGGAGAUCGAGGACAUGAUCAAGGAGGUGGACGUGGAUGGUGACGGCCGCAUCGACUUUUACGAGUUUGUCCACGCCCUGGGCGAGCCCGGUGACGGCGACAGCGACGGGGAGGGCGACGGCGACGAGGACUGCGAUGACGAUCAGAUCGGCAGCGCCGAGUUGCUGGUGGACUGCGCCUAGCUCAGCGCAGGGCUUUACUCCAACCAAACGCUUUGCCCCCUUUUUUAAAUACCGUAGCGAUUAAUCAAUCAAACUUUGGAGGAGUGAAUACAGUCUACAUUCAAUUCAUCCUUAUCAACCUUUUGUCCCUUCGCUGAUGCCUUUUAUUACGUGUCUCUCUUUCUGUCCGUGUGAUGUGCGACGUUUUGUCGCGUCGUGAAUGUGAUUUUGAUCUUAUUUGAACAAGUGUAGUUACAUGAUCAGACCAUAUAGAAGCCCGUGCCAAACCCUUAACUCACGAAAACGAACUUGGCUCAUGCAUAAUUUGUGAGCCAGCUCCGUCAUUUUUCGGAAAAUAUUGCUAGUAAGGAGAAAAGUUUUUGGCUUAGUUUUAUUGUUCUAUUGAGGAAAACGAUGCUUUCGGCUCGAGUGAUGACAGACCAUAGUGCAUGCUUCUUUUGCACGGCAAUAUGAUCUCCCUCUCCUCUGCUUUGCAUCGAAUCCCUUUGUGACUUCACAGUGUGAUUUGUAAUUAGUCUCGUUUCGAUAAUUCUCAUUUUGUUAAAAAUCUCGAGUCGAGUGUUCAAGUCUUGUAUAAUAAAAGUUACCCUUAUAGAAAAA